AUGCGAAGUAGUAUAAAUAAUGGCAAUUGGGCCAUUGGAAUAGCAAUCUCUACAAUAUAUGUUGCAUCCGUAUCAAAGACUUCCUUUUUUUUAAUCCUGCCAGUAUUCGCAUUGACCUUCUUGAGCCUGCUGGCUUUGAGCCAGGCCCGCUUAAACUACACGCUGCAGUGCGCCCGCGGUGAGAUCGGCAUCCGCUGGCCCAGCUACCACAGCAACUCGGAGUACUUUGUGUGCCCGAGCAUCUACGGUAGCCAGAUGACUAUCCACUGUCCUGCCGGCGAGGUCUUCACCUUUGUCCUCCAGAAGUGUGUCUCGCCAGCCCACUACAUCCCAGCUCCCCCCAUGGAUGUCCUGCCCACCGCAGCUCCCAUCACCAUGAACGUUAUCGAUAAUGCACCCCCAGUGAUCUCCGCACUGUCUCAGCCAGAGACCCCGGUGCACCAUGAGCACCAUGAGCACCAGGAGCACCACGAUCACCAUGAGGAGGAGGUUGAGGCGCACCCCAUCCCACCAACCCCGGCCCCAGAGCCACCAACCCCACCCACCGUUGCCGUUAAGCCUGUUGUGCCCGUGCCCGGCAAGAAGAUCCCUGUCCCUGUGCCCGGCAAGAAGGCCACCGUUCCAGUGCCCUCCAAGGCUGCCAUGGCGAAGAAGCCCGCCGCCGCCCUCAAGAAACCAGCUGCUCCGACUCCUUCCAAGGCCGCCAAGAAGCCAACGCCACCCAGCAAGGCCCAGAAGAAGCCAGCCACCGCCUAAGUCCCAAUCCUUACGAAGAUCGCCAGUUUAAUGCACAUCGUUCAGCAAGCGGAAUUUCAUUCACUACUCUAAAUAGCAGCCUAAAGUAAUUAAAUAUCUAACUGGCAACGACUUUCGUUCGUAUUUCUCCACGGGAAUGGGUGUUUGUUGUUUGCAGAACUUUCUUAUCGCGGUAGGGAGUGAAAACCGGGUAAUUGAUUGUGAUUUCUUGUUAGGCACGAAAUAUUUUGAUCGGCCGCCAUAGACAUCUGAGUUUGAUAGUGUUAAACGAAAAGAAAGAAGUGAAGAACAGAUAGGAGCUGCCUGUCAGAACUGAGCUAUUGGUAUUCUCCGCCCUUAAAUGAACAUACGUUUGACAAUAUUUAUUCAUAGCAGUGAGAGGUACGACAAGGUCGGUAAAGUAUCCAAAUAUAUAGAUGA